CAGCGGCCGAGCGAGGCGCCUGGGAGCCCCCCGCAGGGAGGGAGAAAGGCGCGGCAGCUGUGUGGUCCUGCAGGCAGGCGGCGGAGCGGACCACCCCUAAGCCCUGCUCGGGGCGGUGAGGCGGCUGCCUGCCCCCAAGGUCCGGGGGCAGCUGGAGGUCGCUGUUCGCUCGCCCAGCUGCUGCGGUGUCCCUGAGCUGCUGGGGGCCAUCUCUGGCCGGCCCUCCUCCCCCGGUGCAGAGUUGACGGGUUUCCCCCUGCUCUGGGAUUCCACCUGCUAUACUGGGGUACCACUGAGCCCUCCUGUUCCACCAGCCUGGGCUUUCUGACACAGUCCUGCUGAGCCAGGCCCUCAAGCCUCCUCCGGCACACACACAGAUGUUUCCAGCAAUCAUCUUUGGGUGGGGAUUCAGUGAAGAAUGAACCCUGAUUACCUCACUAUCCGGCCUUAAAUGGAAUUUACAUAUGGCGGGAAUCCUUUGUCUUUCAGUGUGAUUCCAACUCCCCUCAGUGGAAAAAUACUGGCUCUUCCUUCCACAUCGAGCUCUGCCCGGAAACAGAAGUUAAGACCCUUGUCUUUUCCUACCUGCAUGCCAGCCAAGCCACUCCAGGGUACUCCUUUUCUGAGUGAUGAGUUGAGGAUCUGCAAGUAAAGAGGAAAUAGAAGACAUUAACCAAACAGUUUGGAGAGAACGCAAAAUCAGCACAAUAUGGCACAGCCUAGCAUUGUUCUUGGAUUAUUCAUAAUGACUGUUUUAUCAAUGCUGGAUGGAAGUUCAGCUUUCCUAUUAAAUCAGCGUCUGAAGGGAAGAUUUCAAAGGGACCGCAGAAACAUCCGUCCAAACAUCAUUCUCGUUCUUACUGACGAUCAGGAUGUAGAACUUGGUUCUAUGCAAGUGAUGAAUAAGACGAGGCGGAUCAUGGAACAGGGAGGUGCUCACUUCAUCAAUGCCUUUGUGACAACCCCAAUGUGCUGCCCAUCCCGCUCCUCUAUUCUCACGGGGAAAUAUGUUCACAACCACAACACCUACACUAACAAUGAGAACUGCUCCUCUCCAUCCUGGCAAGCUCAGCAUGAAAUACGCACAUUUGCAAUAUACCUGAAUAACACAGGAUACAGGACAGCUUUCUUUGGGAAGUACCUUAAUGAAUACAAUGGUUCCUAUGUGCCUCCUGGCUGGAAAGAAUGGGUUGGAUUACUUAAAAACUCUCGCUUUUACAACUACACACUCUGUAGAAAUGGCGUGAAGGAGAAGCAUGGAUUUGACUACUCUAGGGAUUAUCUGACUGACCUGAUCACCAAUGACAGUAUCAGCUUCUUCAGAAUCUCAAAGAAGAUGUAUCCCCAUAGGCCAGUUUUGAUGGUUCUCAGCCACGCUGCUCCUCAUGGUCCUGAAGAUUCAGCUCCUCAGUAUUCACAAUUCUUUCCCAACGCUUCACAACACAUCACUCCCAGUUAUAACUACGCUCCCAACCCAGACAAGCACUGGAUAAUGAGGUAUACUGGUCCCAUGAAACCUAUUCACAUGGAAUUCACCAACAUGCUACAGAGAAAGCGCUUACAGACACUCCUGUCUGUGGAUGACUCCAUGGAGAUGAUUUAUAAUACACUGGUUGAAACAGGUGAACUGGACAAUACCUAUAUAAUAUAUACAGCAGACCAUGGCUAUCAUAUUGGGCAGUUUGGACUGGUGAAAGGGAAGUCCAUGCCUUACGAGUUUGAUAUCCGAGUUCCUUUUUAUGUGCGAGGUCCGAAUGUGGAGGCUGGAUCCCUGAAUCCUCACAUUGUAUUGAACAUUGAUCUUGCUCCUACAAUUCUAGAUAUUGCAGGCUUGGACAUUCCACCUGACAUGGAUGGUAAAUCCAUUCUAAAACUGCUGGAUUCUGAGAGACCAGUUAAUAGGUUCCAUUUAAAAAAAAAGAUGAAGGUGUGGAGAGACUCAUUCCUUGUGGAGAGAGGUAAAUUACUGCAUAAGAGAGAGAAUGAGAAGGUGGAUGCUCAGGAAGAAAACUUCCUGCCCAAAUACCAGCGUGUGAAAGACCUCUGCCAGCGAGCCGAGUAUCAAACCGCCUGCGAACAGCUUGGGCAGAAAUGGCAGUGUAUAGAAGAUGCCAGUGGGAAGCUCAAGCUGCACAAGUGCAAAGGAAUGGCUCACCUGGCAGCCGCGAGCAGCAGCAAGGGGCUCUCCAAUCUCAUGCCCAAGUAUUACAGCAGGAAAAGCGAAGACUGCAACUGUGAGGAAAAUGAAUACAAGCUGAGCCCUAUUGGACAGAGAACGAAACUCUUCUCCAAGAAACAGUACAAGCCAAGCUAUGUCCGGAAUCGCUCUAUUCGCUCUGUGUCCAUUGAGCUAGAUGGAGAGGUUUAUAAUUUGGGUUUAGAGGAUGGCUACCAACCUGUCUUACCAAGGAAUAUCACCAAAAGACACAAGGCAGAGGGGGAGGCUGCAGGAGGAGAGGAAGAUAAGGACAUCGGAGAAUACAGUGGCACAGGCGGCAUUGCAGAGUAUACGGCCCCUAAUUUAAUCAAAGUGACUCACAGAUGCUAUAUUCUGGAGAAUGAUACUGUUCAGUGUGACACAGAUCUGUACAAGUCACUGCAGGCUUGGAAGGACCAUAAACUUCAUAUUGACCAUGAGAUUGAAACACUGCAAAAUAAAAUAAAAAACUUAAGGGAGGUCAGAGGUCAUCUAAAGAAGAAGCGACCAGAGGAGUGUGACUGUAACAAGAUAAGUUACCAUUCCAAACACAAGGGCAAACUCAGGCAAAAAGGGUCUAGUCUCCAUCCUUUCAAGAAAGCCCUGCAAGAAAAGGACAAAUUGUGGCUUCUUAGAGAACAGAGGCGAAAGAAGAAGCUGCGCAAACUGCUGAAGAGAAUAAAAAACAAUGAUACAUGCAGCAUGCCUGGCCUGACGUGCUUCACCCAUGACAACCAGCACUGGCAGACUGCCCCCUUGUGGACAUUGGGUCCUUUCUGUGCCUGUACCAGUGCCAAUAACAACACAUACUGGUGUAUGAGGACAAUCAAUGAGACACACAACUUCCUGUUUUGUGAAUUUGCUACUGGCUUCCUGGAGUAUUUUGAUCUCAACACUGACCCAUAUCAGUUGAUUAAUGCAGUGAACACACUAGAUAGAGACAUUCUCAAUCAACUGCACAUCCAACUCAUGGAAUUAAGAAGCUGCAAAGGAUAUAAACAGUGCAACCCAAGAACUAGGAACAUGGAUCUGGGGCUUAAAGAUGGAAGCUAUGAGCAGUUCAGGCAGUUUCAGCGUCGAAGGUGGCCAGAAAUGAAGAGACCUUCAUCUUCCAAGUCGCUAGGACAACUUUGGGAAGGAUGGGAAGGCUAACCUCCUGCAACUCCUGGACCUCAAUGAGGAUACAAACCGGCCAGAACUUGAAUCCUUGUACAGACUUAAUGAAAAUGUAUAUGAUUUCAGAAAGAAUUAUAAUGGUAGCCUGGAGGACUGGAUGAACUUUGAGGCUGAAGUAGAUAGAAUGUUUGCACUGUUGAGUGAAUUAAAUAGAUAGUGGAUUUGGGGGCACUUCUGUCAGGAAUAUAGGUCCCUUUUUGAAGUCCACUUUUGCUUUGGAUUAUACUUCAUGAAGUCACCACUGUUCAAGGAACUGAUGGAAGAGAAAAUGAGGCUAACCCCGUGAGCGGAUUGACACUGCAGAGCAUCCACAAAAUUAUUUCAGUGGGAACAAAUUAAAAACCUCUCUUAGCUACACCAUCAAAUGUCAUUAGAACAGCCACAAAGCAACGUUUAAACAACGUGGAAAUUUUUACUUUUGACUAGGGCAAAUUAAAUGAGGACAGUGGUAGAAAAUUAUUAUUUAGAGAUUCAGGAAUUCAAGCCAGCAGCACUGAAGAAGCUCAACAGCACAAUACUUCAGGUUUCCUCUAAGGAUAUCAUUUUAGUUCACUGUCUCCAUAGCCACCCUAUUGCCAGCUGUAGGAAAAAUAGAGAAAAUGUUGAGUAACAAAAAAAGCAAAUUGCUGGAGUGGUUCUGUAAAUAUUCAAUGUCUUAUUCAAAAGAAAUUCUGUCAAUAAAGAAGUGGAAUGCCCAACUAUCAUUUCCCAAAAUGGUAGCUUGUUACUUAAACAUUACAUAAUAAAUUUCAGAAUUUAUCCAUUUUUAAAAGCACUGCAAAAUUUCAGUUAAUGUAUGUCUUGAAUUUUAAUGAAAUCAGAUUUGUAUGAAGUCUUUUUAUGUGGUAAAAUUAUAUUGUAUGUUCAAAAUGAAAACAAUUUGUUUGAGAAAGCACAUGUUCGCUUAGUGGCAUAACUUUUACAUUUGUAAAAAGCAACAAACUUGGCCAAUAAAAAAAGUUAUAGCUCAGUGUACAGGAAACUAGAACUUUUGAUUUAAUGUCUAUAAUCUGCAGUAAGUGUUAGUAAAUGAUUGGAGUGUAUUUAAUAACCUCUUCUUUAUGAAAAUAUUCAGAUACUUAAAUUACUUAGGAAGGGGAAUCCCUAAACAGGCUCUGCAAAUGCACUAAAGGUUUUUUUCAUGUUAAUUAUAUACAAAACUUGAAAUGGGGUGCUCACCAUAAUAGAUGCUGUGUGUUGAGUAUAAAAUCAUGUGGGAGAUCAUCCGAAGGAAAAAUCUGAAUGUUUAAUAAAUCUUUUCUCCAUUCUGACUACCCAAAAGAGAGAUUUUCAACAAAUUUGCACCUCUGGCCCUCUAAACAUGUUUUAAAUAAGCAAAGUACGUGGGCACUUUUUAAAAAGAAACUAAUAGGAAGCUUCAGCAGCGAUUACUUGCUGGGGACACAGACCUCUAGCACUAUACACAAAUAUUAUAUGAUAACCUACUAAAGUAUUGGUGAAUGUGGAAACAGAAGUUGAGCAAAUAAACUCUCUCAAGGGUGACACUGUAGUCUUUUGCUGUAUGUUUUCAGUGAAGCUAGGAAAAGUAAAUUUGGUUUAAGCCUGUAUUCAUCGCAUCCCAGGUCAGAUUUAAUAUACUGUCCAAAACUGUCUUGGCAGAGUUUUGUACUUCAAUAGUAGAAUGCGUGUGCUGGGCUAGGAAAUGCAGUCAAAUAUUAGCUUAUCCUGAGUUUUAAAACAUUAGAGGAUUCACCAGCAAGAAAAGACAUUUACAAGGAUGAUGGAAGUCUGAUACAAAUAAGUGGCAAAUGGUCUCUCUGCAGAAUUUGUCUCUUCACUGUUUUCCAAACCUUUCCCAAAGAAGAAAGUGUAUGUAGCUGUAUACAAUUCAUGUCUGGAAGAAAAAGGGAAACUUAAGAACUACAUGAACAUGAAGAUUUGUACUUACAUUUCUCUGUCAGCUGGCAGCAACUCUGGAGAUGAGAGAAUGUGAAAGGUGGAAUCCUGGAAGGCCAACUAAUGUUAAUGCUGCUGCUUUAUAUCAAUCGGAAAUACUCUAAAAACUACAUCUCUACUUCCAUUUAAAAAUACUCAGCUUUCUCUCUAGUUUAGUACAGUAUAAAAGUCUGAAUAUACAUUUCAGAAAAAAAUGGCAAAGUAUAUUUUCAAACUGUUAUACAAAACUUGGCUUCAGCCUGUGACAGAAAAUAUAGCAAGAAAACUUCUUACCCAAACCGUUGGUUGUUCCCAAGUUGUUGUUAUUUCCCUACCCUUCCUUCUAGUUGUCGGCUGCGUGUCACAAUGCUAUUCUUGAAAGAUCAUUUUAUAGGCAACUUUGCAGUUGAUACAUGUUCAGCCCCUGAGACAUACCAAAACCCAGGAAACCAAGAGUUCUUAAAUCAUUCCCCAAAUCUAGCCUCUCUCACAUAAUAGUGUUACAUUAUCACAUCAUCUCUCAAAGAGUGGCUAUAUUUUGGUUUGGUGGAGAAAUGCUACAUUGCUGGGCUUGUUAGAAUAUAAUUGGCACCCUUCGGAGCUUAAACAGCUGACAUACUAAAUCACCAAGUUCUGGUUUUAAAUAGAAACCUUUAUUUACAUUAUUAUUAACAUCAAAACACAAAAAUCAGAAGAGCAGUAAUACUUUAUAACCAACCCUUUUAUAAAUCAGCCCACAUGUUUUUUUUAUUUUUGCAAUGUAAAGAUACACACAUAUUUCAAGCAGUACUUUAAUGUAAACUAAAUUUAAAUGCAAUU